UUCAGACACAAAGCGCGGACAGAGUGGUGUGGUGGUGCUGGUGUGAGAAUAUAAAGUGACUGCUGUGUGUUUUAUAGGUAGCUGUAUCUUGGUACGUGCAGGUAUAUCUACAGAUACCCAAAAUGGCAGAUGAACAAAAUGGUAUGCAAACUGGAGGAGACACUACUGACACCAAAACGUACCCUAUAAGCAGACAAAUAAAUCCUCACACUUGUGAUUCCAAAGAACUGGAAAAGAAAUCAAAAUUUGCACAUUUGUUCAAAUACAAAAUGGACUAUCCUGAGAUGGGGCUGUGUAUCAUAAUAAAUAAUAAAAAUUUCCAUUCAUCUACAAGUCAUAUUUUAUUUUUAUCACUAUAGGCAUGUAGAGGAACAGAUCUUGAUUCGGGAGUUGAAAUAGACAGUGGAAGUGGAAGCAGUGAAGAAACGCAGAAAAUCCCAGUUGAAGCAGAUUUCCUCUAUGCCUAUUCUACAGUCCCAGGCUAUUAUUCCUGGAGAAAUACAUUAGAUGGUUCGUGGUUCAUCCAGUCCCUUUGUGAAAUGCUCAAAUUACAUAGUUCAAAUCUUGACCUUCUGCAAAUACUGACUUGUGUAAAUCACAAGGUGGCUUUAGAAUUUGAAUCAUCUUCAACAUAUAAAGAAUUUAAUACAAAGAAGCAAAUCCCAUGUGUGAUGUCCAUGCUUACAAAAGCACUUUAUCUUUUCCCAUAAAGAAUGAAAUCCUUUUUCCACUUUUAUGAUAACGGAGAAACUACAUCCUUUAAUAUCUCGGGCUGUCCUUUUUGCACUCCUGUGAAGAUGGUGACUAAAGUUGUUUACGUUGCAUGGAAACCUUUUUUUACAACAAACAUUAGAAUGAAAUGCUAUGGCAAAAAUGUUUUUAUAUCAACAUAAGUUUAUCUGGACAUAAAAGUGUAAAAAAAGAAGCUUUUUGUCCCAAGCAUAAUCAUUUCCAUCUUAAUAUGGGAAGAGUCCACAGCUACAUUCCUUACUUGUGGGAAAUACUGAACCGGGCCACAAGGAGAAGGCAAAGACACCCCAGCCAAAGGCUUAAAUACCUCCCCCACUUCCUCAUAACCCUAGUUAUCCUUUGCCUUUCGUUACAGGAGGUUGGCAGAGAAGUGUUAGAAGAUUUAAGAGUAGUCUCUUAUGGGGGGUAGUACUCUUCGAGAUGGGACUGGAGUUUUAAGUAGUCCUGUCAGCCUCUCAGUGAGAGCAUGGAUGAAAGUCUGGAGAUGCAGGGAGAGUCUUUCUGUGAAACCACCCCGACUCAUAUUAACAGCUCCAUAGGCAAUCAGCAUUGACGAGUUUUGCUGCCUGCUUUCUUCAAUCAAGUCCAUGUCAGAGGCGAUGCUAGUAUCUGUCGCACUUGAAGGGCCGUGUUCCUGUUCCACAACGUAGAUUCUGGUAAGAUCGUUUUAUAUUUUAUACAUGUAUGAUAAUGCAAGAAGACAGGGUCACAGUGUGACUCCUUUUAUCUGUAUAGAAUCAAGGGUUAAUAUUUCCUUAGGGGGAUUAUUGAACAGGGGGGCAUACUCUUAUAUGUUUAUUUGAUUUUAUGCUGCUUUUAUGUGUUAGAUGUUAUGGGCUCAUAGGCUGUUAUGGAAUAUACAGGUUUCACUUUCACUUUGAGAUCCAUGCAGCUUACAAGCUUGGUGCGUUUUCUCAUAGCAGGGAUGGUCCUGCAUUGUGCACCAUGUAAUUCAUUCCCUUUUUCCUGACAGGGUGUCUCAGAGAGGAGUCAUAAAUCUCCGUACUGUCUGGGUCAUAGGAGGUGGUGAAUGCCCCAGUCAUUGGGGUAUAAGGGUGCAGUUUUUUUUUAAUAAAAUAAGAUGUUU